AUGGCCCAGCUACAAGGACCAGUCUUGAACGUUCAAAUUCUCGGCGAAAUCGCUGAAUUCGAGAGAUACGACUGUACAGUCUGGACACCAGACUGCGUUUUUAUGAAGUUCUAUGUCAGGUACAACGACAACUCGAAAGGUUAUGUUUAUGGCUGUCCCUUUAUUUGUGGAAUAGUGCCGUCAGAGUUCCACCUGCUGAUACUUCACUACAAGAUUGGGGUUGCAAAGUAUCUUCUGGGAAAGGAGGAGUGGGACUAUACUGCUAUCUCUUUACCUUGGCAAAAUGAAGACGACGAGGACACCGAGGAAGAUCCUUCGAUGGAGCAAAAGCGGUUUGAAAGGAGCAGGGAGACCUUCUGGCUUUCUUUGAAAGAACAGGAAAACAUCAAGCCAAUCCGUUUUACCCCUUCCCGGAAGCGGCUUCAUUUUUUCCUAUACCAGGGGUGUCUUCUUGCUCUUUACCGGGAUCCAUACCAAACACAAAACAGUUGGCUCUCAGAUACAGAAACCUUCAUAAUAUACUCGUCUUUUUGGAACAAAAAGGUGCUGUCCACUCUUCUACAAGAAGUACAGCAUGCCUCAAUCCAGCGUCGCAACAAGAAAAUCACCAUUUAUCGCGGUUUCAUUGAUCGGAAUACAACCAGUUGGGUUCAGAUUAUGUCGAAGUCUCCUCGUCCAUUGUCAACUCUGGCCUUGCCUACAAAAAUCAAAGAUGGCAUGAUUAAAGAUAUUGAAGAUUUCCUGAGUCCACGAAGCAGAGCUUGGUACGAGUCUUGUGGCAUUCCAUACCGCCGAGGUUAUCUUCUCUAUGGUCCUCCCGGAACCGGAAAGUCAAGUAUAUGCUUUGCAAUUGCGGGGCGCCUUUGGCUUGAUAUCUACACGAUUAGCUUGAACUCUCGAAAGCUUGAUGAGGAUACCUUGGCUAAGUUCUUCCAAAGCCUUCCGAAACGUUGCAUUGUACUUUUUGAAGACGUGGACAAUGCCGGAAUUAGUCAAGAGGGUUCGCGAAUGAAGGAUACUGGCAGAGUGGAGAAUUCGCCCCAAGAAAAUGAACUCUAUGGCCCUGGUAUUUCUUUAUCGGCCCUUUUGAACUGCCUUGAUGGCGUCGGAGCACAGGAGGGCCGUAUUCUGAUGAUGACCACCAAUCAUCUAGAAAGACUUGAUCCGGCCCUCAAACGACCUGGUCGGGUGGAUCAAAUAUACCACUUUGACUUCCUGGAUACCACGAGCGUCAAGCAACUCUUCCAUAUAUUUUUUGGCGAGGUGUCUUCGUUUAUCUCCCCGAUUAGUGGAGAAAGUGAAUCAAACGAUCCGUCGACAUGGGAGAAAUGCAUAUCAGACCUCUCUGAUGAGUUUGUACGGAUUGUUUCCACCAGCCAGUUAACUGCAGCGGAGGUUAAUAACUAUCUGAUGGGUUUCAGAGGCAACCCUGAGAAGGCGGUUUCGAAUGCCCUUGAUUGGGUGAGAGACAGAAGGGAGGUUGCUAUACCCGCUACGGUUGUGAAGUGA